AUGACUGUCGAUGAGAAAGUAAAUGCUGAGGACACCGAGCUGGGAAGUCCUCGCGACUCGCUCGAGGAACAGGAGGUCUUCAAGAAGACCGAGGACGGUGUUAGCUUUCGCAAUGUCGGCUGGUUUAAGGCGUGCAUUAUCUUCGUGAAGGUCCUCUUCGCGACGGGAGUGCUUUCCAUGCCAUCAGCGCUGUACUCCCUCGGCGCAGUGGGUGGGUCGAUCAGUAUCGUUGCCUGGGGCGCUUUCAACACCUAUUCCUUUGUGAUUCUGGGCAACUUCCGGAAAAAGCAUCCUCACUGCCACUCCAUCGCUGACAUGGCGGAGGUAGCCGGCGGCUAUUUCGCGAAAGAGCUGACUGGCCUCAUCUUUCUCAUCGGCUACGUUCUUGUCACAGGCAGUGGUAUCAUUGGAGUUUCAACUGGUUUGAACGCCCUUUCGCAUCACGCUGCAUGCACUGUUUGGUGGUCAUUUAUUGCGGCGGUCGUGAUUAUCGCGACAGCUUCAGUGCGUAAGCUCCAACAUGUGGGCUGGCUCACUUACGCAGGUUUUAUCUCGAUCUAUGCCGCAGUCUUCAUUGUUGUCAUUGCAGUAACCACGCGCGACCGCCCGGCCGCCGCACCUCAGGAGGGCCCCUAUGAUCUCGGUUACCUAGCCAUCAACAACCCCGGAUUUGCCGCUGGUAUGGUUGCCUCUAGCACUAUAUUCGUGUCCACGGCUGGCACCAGCGCUUUUAUCCCGGUAAUGUCGGAAAUGCGAAAUCCAAAAGACUACAAGAAGUCGCUAUACCUGUGCAUGGCUUUGGUUACCGCAUCUUACCUUGCUUUCAGCUUGGUUCUCUAUCGCUGGUGCGGACAAUGGGUUGCCAGUCCAUCCUUAGGUAGCGCCGGACAAACCAUCAAGAUGGUGUCUUACGGUGUUGCUUUACUGGGGCUGGUUGUGAGCGCUACAAUUUACCUGCAUCGGGAUACCUCUAAGAUCGCCGCCAAAUACAUCUUUGUGCGUAUUUUGGGUAACACACGUCAUUUGCAGUCCAACACAGCUGUCCACUGGGCUACUUGGUUGAGCUGCACGAUUAUCCUCGGUGCAAUUUCUUUCAUUCUCGCGGAGGCUAUCCCUAUUUUUAACUACUUGAUUGCCUUGGUCGGUUCUGUUUGCUUUGCCCCUCUCGCCAUGUCCCUCCCUGGCCUAUUGUGGCUGCAUAGCAACCGUCACUACCGGAAAGGCACCCUGAUACAGAAACUGAUUUAUUUGCUACACUGGGGAAUGGUGCUGCUCGGAAUAUUUUUCCUAGUCGGUGCAACGUACGGUGUCGUUAUCCAAAUUAUCGAUGCCUACGCCACAGGAACAAUUGGCUCUGCUUUCAGCUGCGUUGACAACUCGAACUCGUCUUAA